GCAAAGUCUCACACAGUGACAACCUGUGUACACAGGCCCCUCCCACAGGCACGGAACAUUCCCAGGUUUACCUGUGUAUUUAAAGUUCCAGCUCACUGUUAAGGAAUUCAUUGUAAGAAACAAAGGCAGACAGAGGACAAACCACAGCAUCACGCAGACAGACAUUUGGGGAAUGGCAUCUACCAUCAGUCUUCUCUCCGAGAAGCACUUCCUGUGCUCCUUGUGUGAGGACAUCUUCAGCAGUCCUGUGACCACGCCUUGUGGGCACAGUUUUUGCAAAGUGUGUCUGAGAAAGUACUGGAGCCACAGGGAAACAGAAUGCUGUCCACUCUGCAAAAAGACCCUCAGCCCCCGACCUCACCUCAGUGUCAACCGCAUACUGGCAGAUGUUACGGAGAACUACAGGAAGACACGAGAAUUCUCCAAGUCCAAGGCCCAUAGUGAGGAUAUCAGGGCACCUGCAAAGCGGACUGAAGAGAUGGUACAACAAAUGAUCCAGGAGAGACUUCAGAAGAUGGAAAAGCUUCAAAAUUCCUUGAAGCUCCUCAAGAGCUCGUGUCUGAGAGAGGUGCGGGAAAGUCAUCAAAUAUUCUCUGCCCUUGUGGUCUCUUUGGAGAAGAGCCACAAAGCUGUGGUGGCAGCCGUAGAGGAGAGGCAAAGAGAGGCAGAGAGACGGGUAGAAAGGUUGGUUAAGGAGCUGGAGAAAGAGAUUGUGGACCUGAAAAGAGAGCAAAGUGAACUAAAGGACCAGCAGCUCAAUCACAUCCAGGAUAUCAAACGGAGUUUACAACACAUACCAAUGGAGAUGAGAGAUUGGUCGACAGUUACUAUGGAGACAGAGCCUUGUGUUGGGUUCACUAGGAGGGCAGUGGAGGAGCUCCUGGAUACACUCCAAGCGGAGGUCAAUAAACUAUCCAAAUCUGAGUUGAAGAGGCUGCAGAGAUACUCAGCUGACAUCACGCUGAACCCCCGGACAGCUCACGCUUGCCUCUAUCUUUCUGAGGACAGGAAACAGGUCAGACACUGUGACAAAAAGCAAGAAGUACCGGAGAACCCUAAAAGGUUCGAUCGCGUGGCUAACGUUCUGGGCAAGGAAAGUUUCAACACUGGGAGACAUUACUGGGAGGUGGAGGUUGAGCAAAAAUCUGAGUGGGAUUUAGGUAUCGCCAGACAAUCCGUUAACAGGAAAGGGAAGUUCACCCUCAGCCCAAUUAAUGGCUAUUGGACCGUGAGCCUCAGAAAUGGGUGUGAAUAUAUCGCUAACACAUCUCCCCCUACCAGUCUGCGUCCGUGUUGCAAGCCCCGGAGGGUGGCGAUAUAUUUGGACUACGAGGAAGGCAAAGUGUCUUUUUAUUGCGUGGAGACUGGUGUUCAUAUUUACACAUUCACUGACACCUUCACAGACAGACUGCAUCCCAUCCUCAGCCCUGGCCGUCCACAUGGCUCCAGAAACAUUGCUCCUCUAGUUAUCACUAGCAACUGCUGCAGCAUUUAAACCAAUGAGCUUUUUGGGCAACAUAUAU